AGUAAGUUCCGGUGAUCAAACGGAGUUCUGAUUAAAUUAUAAUUGCGUGCAGUGCGUUAAACAUGCGUUUCUGAGCGUCCUUGGGAUCCCAGAGCCGCUUUUCCAACCAAGGAGCCGCUUUUGAAUUGUCUGCCCGCAGUAUUCCAGAAGCACUAGAAUGCCAUGUCAGAAAAGAAAAAUGCAAUCCUCAGAACUCCAAGACAACAAGAAGCAGGUGGACUCGAACCUGCCGGAACCUGACAAACAGUGCCUGCGGCCCAAAAGGUCACUGAGGUCAGGAGCGCCGCAAAAAGUCUCGGUUAAAUCCAAAAGGAAAUCUUCGACACAGCUAAGAGACGACGUGGAAAACCCGCCUCGCCGCUCCUCAAGACUGAAAACCCCUUCUAAGAACGUGACCGGCGUAAAGAGGAAAAAAGGCUCGGUUAAAUCUGCAGCGGCGAAGGACCCAGGCGUCAAAAUUAGUGGUAAAGCUUUAAACAAAGAGGGAGAAAAACUGUGCCUGACUUCGCCCGUCCUUAAAAAGGGAAGUAGGAAAUAUUCUCCAAAAGUGAAAAAUAAGGACAAAUGUAAGUCUCCGCUCUCGGAAACGGCGUGCACAGGGUCCGCUCUGCUGUACCCCGUGUUGAUAGAGCACAGCUACGGUCAGCCUCCCGAUUCACACAGUGAAGAGACGACGCUGCCGGACAAGGACAAGGUCGUAGGAAUCACCAGUUUCAGUCUCGAUCUGAACGACGAUCACGCCGAGGUGUAUCAUCAUUCGGGCAACCAACAGAGUCAAAAAGAGACAGGUAGAAAAACAACCAAAAAACUGUCGCUCAGAGAGCAGAAAGAGCCCGACUUUGUCGAGGAAACACCUGCACGUGUAGACGCUGGGGAAGAAGAGGCGACAAAGGAAUCUCUGAAUCCUUUACAAACCUUUUCCAAUAUCGUUCAAGAACCGAGCUUAAACAAGCACGACUUAAAUAGCGACAACAUUUCAGACAUCGAUGCAUUUGCCGCGGCGAAUACGUGUUUUCUACAGGACAGCCUACAGAACCUGGUCGGCUCGGACGCUCCAGGGGCGACACAGGGCUCCGUGACCUCGGAAACGCUGGACGAUAUUGAGAUCGAACACUGUGUAGUUGAAAUUGAAACGGUGGAAGAAGUAUCGGGUGACCUCAGUGCCUUAGACAAUAAUGAGCAGCCGUCCCAGGACCCGCAGGAAUCGACGGGACUCGAAGAAACCAGCAAAGCCGUGGUGUGCAAGGAGACCACAUCGACUCCUUCUCUUCCGCAGGACGGCGCGAAAGAUUCCGCACAAGGUUCUCUUGCCCAAACCAGCGAAGAACCACCGAAGAAGCAAGCAAUGAACCCUCAAGCCAGGACCAAGGCUCGUCUAGCAGCGAUGGCUAAAGAGAGAGCUGCUGCUUCUAAGAGGCCGCCGCCGAAGCAGCUCAACCUCUUGGCUCUGUGCGAGGAAAUCGCAGACGACAUCGCGUCCGACACAGCUGCGAAAGAACAGAAAACGGACGACAGCGCUCAAUCCGUCGUGAUUAAGAACGAGAUUGAGGACGCGACAAUUCCCACCGUCUCAAGUGACCUGCCCGUUCCGGAAAGCCUCACCACCGAGGAGACGGUGGAACACGUGGCGAACGAGGGUACACCCAAGAAGCGCUUCUUCCUCAGCCAAGUGUCCGUCCCACUCAAAACCCAAGAAAAAAAGAAACUGUCCCGGUUUCAGAAGCUGAGACAGGUCGAGCUGCAGAGGGACAAACUGACAUGGACGCGUGUUAAAAAGCUGAAAUCGGAGCAGGCUAGUCAGGAUGAAGCGAAAGAAUCCACACAGACUUUAUCCAUUUUGGUAUCAACCCCUCAAGCCAGUCUUCCUCCUCCUCCUCCUCCUCAUCCUCCCACACCCCUCCCACCAGCUAACGUGUUAAAAGCGGGACCGAGCGAGUGCAGGGGGACACUCCCGGCUGUGGUACCGCCCAUGCCAAACGGUAUUACUAGUUUAAAGCCAAGGCCUGUCGUGGAGUAUAAGCCAUAUAAUCCCAGACCGAAAUACUCACCAGAUGACUUUGAGCUGGAUGAGCCAGCUGAGGAAACCAGCAAGCCAGCUGCUCCCAAACAUGAGGGCAGAACCGAGCAAACCUGCACUUUGGCUGUAGAGUCUUCUAGAACACUGGGAAAGCACAUAUGCACCAAGACCCCUACAGUAUCAACAAAUGUCAAGUCCUCCAAUCAUCAAGAUGUCUCUCAUAUGACUACAACAGACAAUUCAGAAGUCAAAAACAGGGGCACAUGUGGGAGUGGGUCAGACACAGAGCUUAGACAUGAAGUCACAAAUAAUAUCAAAGCUGAAAAUAUAGAAGGGGAGCAAAAAAACACGGAUAACCAGAAUGCAUUCGGAGCCACCUCUUGCAACGUGUGUGGGAUGCUUUAUUCUCCGUCUACCACCGAGGACGAGACGCAGCACCUGCUGUUCCACAACCAGUUCAUCAGCGCCGUCAGAUACGUGGGCUGGAAGAAGGAGAGGAUUUUAGGGGAAUACCCAGAUGGCAAGAUUAUACUUGUUCUCCCAGAUGACCCUAAAUAUGCACUGAAAAAGGUAGAGGAAAUAAGAGAGAUGGUGGACAACGACCUGGGGUUCCAGCAAGCAGACACAAAGGUCCCUUCCCAGACCAAAACCUUCCUCUUCAUUUCUAAUGACAAGAGAGUUUCAGGGUGUCUGAUUGCUGAACACAUUCAGGAGGGUUACAGAGUGAUCGAGGAACCAGUGCCAGAGGGUUCCGAGAGGGAAAAGGUGAUGUUUGAGCGGCAGAGAGCCUGGUGUUGCUCCACUGUUCCCGAGCCAGCAGUGUGUGGGAUCAGUCGCAUUUGGGUCUUCAGCAUGAUGAGGAGGAGAGGCAUUGCUUCACGAAUGAUAGAGUGUCUCAGGAACAAUUUCAUCUACGGGUCGCAUUUAAGCAAAGACGAGAUCGCCUUCUCAGACCCGACACCCGACGGCAAGCUUUUCGCUACACAUUACUGUGGAACCUCACAGUUUCUGGUGUACAAUUUCAUCAGCGGGACACGUUUAAACUGACGACACUCCUACAUGGACCCAGCACUUCCCACUCCAUUUUUUUUAAGAACAAUUUCACACAGAAAAUGAACCCAAACAACAAAAAAAUUGGGCUACACCUGGAAAGAUUUUAGCAAUGUUUACUGUUCAGAGUACUGUAUUCCCACUGCUCUGCACACCGCAGUGUUCUUGGUACAAACAGUAAAAAUCUGUUUGUUUACAUUUUCACACACAAUCACAUGACAAGUCAGUAGCUGUUGACGAGAAUAUCCAGCCUGUUAAUUAGAGUAAUUAUGCUCAUUAAAAAGAAAAGAGCUUUAUAAACAGAGAAAUUGUGCCUUAGCAUGUUAUGUUCCUCCUGGACCCACUGGGACUCAGUAUCAGUAGAACACAAAAAUGUAUUUGACCUAAUUUUGUUUCUUCUUCUUUUUCCCCCCAAAACUGGUCACAAAAGCAAAAGAAAAAAUAAACACAAAUUAUUACUGGACUUUCUGACAAGCAGCAACAUAAAAAAAUGUCGUUCAAAAUUAUUUAAUUACAUAUUUCAAAAAGUAAUGGCACCCUUAUACUUUAUUAUGUAUAUCUACUAUGUUGUCUCAAUUAAAUCGACUCCUUUUGUU